AUGCAGCAACUUAUUCUGUCUUUGCGCCAAACAUUUAGUACAUGGAAGUACAUUAUUCAACGAUUCAACCAGCCAGAGCCACUUUGGGCACUCAACAGCGCUUUACUUCCUUCUACGCAAGAGCCAAAGUCAUUCUCUAUAAAUGAGCUGAUGAGAGAAGGCAUGCUCUGGGGUGUGCCCAAGAAGAGGCCAACCAUAGAGUCUCGCCUGAGGAAGCGUUUUGGUGUACCAAACUACCCACAGAAUACUCGCUUGCUCAAACCUAGAUCCGAUCUUGUCGUUUGUGAGCGUUGCGGCGAUCACCAUGAAGUGCAUACCAUCUGCAGAACUUGUUACAUUGAGGUGAAAACAGAAACCGAGAAGAUAAAGGGCGAAAUCAAGGAGCAAACUGAUCCAUUGGAGCCCAAAGAAAAGGAAGUUUUUCUCAGAUUUGAAAAUGAAAAUGCGAAUGAACCCGUCGACAAGUUUCGCAUCAUUGAAAUCUCUCGUCCUCGACCCAAGUGGUUCACAAAGAAUCUACUAGCGAGAAGCACGGGCAAAGUGGCCCCGACUCGCGAUGUGAUCAUCAACCCUGAGGACACCAUAGGCAAGCAUUGA